AUGACGACCGUUGUCCCCACGUCCGAGGAAGAUCCCGCGCUCUCAGUUGUCCGGUUCACCGCUGACUUGUCGUGGGCAGAUGCCGGUCCUGAGGUCGCAGAGGGACGGAUCUUGUUUAACCUCUACAACCUAUUGGACAACCCAUACAGCCAGUUUUUCGUUAAUAUGAAGGCCCUCAACUUGGCAAUUAGUGGAAAGGUCACCGAAUAUGUCUUACCAUCGUUUGGAAAGAUGGAAAACUUUUUGAAGGAGUGGAAUCUUGGAGUUAAGGAUAGGAGGGAUCUCUUCCUUGCUGUUUCAAAUCUAUUGAAGGAUAGCAAGGGCUCUGCAAAAGACUCCUUUGAUUUUCUUGUCAAGUAUCUUGAGACUUUUUCGGGUGAUGAUGUGUUGGCUGUGGAUGAAGGUAAGGAAGAAGCUGUCCGAGCUGUUAUUGAAUUUGUGAAAGCACCUGACAUGUUUCAGGGUGACUUACUAGAUAUGCCUGCUAUAGCACAAUUGGAGAGAGAUGCAAAAUAUGCUCCGAUAUAUCAACUUUUGAAAAUCUUCCUUACCAAGAGGCUGGAAGCCUAUUUGGAUUUCUAUUCAUCAAAUUCUAGCAUAUUGGGCAGCUAUGGUCUUGUGCAUGAAGAUUUGCUGGUUUCUAAAAUGAAAUUGAUAUCCCUGGUGGACCUUGGAAAAAAUGAAUCUGGUCAAAUUUCUUACUCCUUAAUUAAGGAAACUCUCCAUAUUGAAUGA